UGUGUUGCUUGUUAUUUUUGUGGUUAACUGUUUAAAAUGGAGAACGUUGAUCAUCCUUUUUUGUAUAUUUGGUCGAAUGCACAAAUGACGAACCAAACAUCCCCGGUUGAGGAGCAAGAGAAAUUGUUAGAUGAGGCGUUGAAUAUUGUCAAAGUCCAGGCAUUUCAGAUGAAGAGAUGCCUGGACAAAUCUAAGCAGAUGGAUGCUUUAAAGCAUGCAUCCACUAUGUUAGGAGAGCUGAGGACUUCUGUCCUAUCACCUAAGAGCUAUUAUGAACUUUAUAUGGCUAUAACGGAUGAGCUCCGUCACUUAGAACUAUACUUAUUAGAGGAGUUCCAGAAGGGCAGGAAGGUGGCUGAUUUGUACGAACUAGUACAGUACGCUGGUAACAUUGUACCGCGCCUUUAUUUGUUGAUUACGGUCGGAUUGGUGUAUAUCAAAACUAACACAAACCUCCGAAGAGAUCUACUGAAGGAUUUAGUUGAAAUGUGCCGAGGUGUGCAACAUCCUUUACGAGGAUUAUUUUUAAGGAAUUACUUGCUACAAUGUACUCGGAACGUACUCCCCGAUACUACAGAGGCACAGAAUGAAAAUGAAGGAACUGUACGCGAUGCUAUCGAUUUUGUGUUGAUGAAUUUCGCUGAAAUGAAUAAGCUAUGGGUUCGAAUGCAACACCAAGGACACUCCAGGGACAAGGAGCGUCGUGAACGCGAACGUUCCGAGCUUCGUAUCCUGGUUGGUACGAACCUGGUGCGUCUGUCGCAGCUGGAGUCUGUGACUGUUGAGGAGUACGGGCGGCUGGUGCUGCCCGGCAUCCUGGAGCAGGUCGUCAGCUGCAGGGAUGCGAUCGCUCAGGAGUACCUCAUGGAGUGUAUCAUACAGGUGUUCCCCGAUGAAUUUCACUUGGCUAAUUUGACACCGUUCCUAAAGUCAUGUGCUGAGUUACAGCCCGGAGUUAAUAUAAAGAACAUUAUUAUUGCUUUAAUAGAACGUCUGGCUAGUUAUAGUCAGAGGAAUGAGGGCAAUGUUAAUCUCAGCGUAGUUCUAGAAGAUGGCAAAGAACAAGAAGUACAAUUGUUUGAAGUAUUCUCCGAUCAAGUGGCAGCUAUCACACAGAGCCGCACAGAUAUGGCGCCUGAGGACAUGCUGAGUUUACAACUGGCUCUGCUGAAGUUGGCACAGCGCUGUCACCCGGACAAGUUGAAUUAUGUGGAUAGAGUUCUGGCUCAUACAGACAAAAUUUGUGCUGAUAUACAUCAGACUAGUGGUAAAUCUCAUCUGGAACACAAUACACCUGUAUUCAAAGAAUUGAUGAAGAUUCUCAAACUACCCGCUGAUCACUACAAGAAUAUACUGACAUUGAUCAAGCUGCAGAACUAUGCACCUCUUAUAUCACAUCUGAAUCACCCCGGUAGACUGAUGAUAGCGGUACACCUGGUCAAUGAUGUACUGGAUACGGAUACAUUGAUCUCCACACCUGAAGAUGUGGAAUCAGUAUUAUCGAUGCUUGAUGUCCUUGUCAAAGAUCAACCGGACCAGGUCACAUCGGAAUUGGAUGUAGAAGACUUUAUGGAAGAACAAGGUUUAUUGGCUCGACUGAUCCAUCACUUCAAGUCGGAUUCAGCUGACCAGCAGUACUUGAUACUGAGUGCAGCCAGGAAGGCUCUACAAGGUGGAGGUGCGCGCCGCAUACAGCACACCUUCCCACCAAUAUUAUUCCACGCCUACCGCCUCGCCUUCCUCUACAAGGAUCUCAGGGAACAGGACGAGAUGUGGGAGAAAAAAUGCCAGAAGAUAUUCCAGUUUUGCCACCAGACUAUCAGUAUGCUGGUCAAAGCGGAACUAGCUGAGUUGCCGUUAAGGUUGUACCUGCAGGGGGCGCUGGCGGUGAGUGAGGCUGCGUUUGCGGGACACGAGACAAUCGCAUACGAGUUUCUCUCACAAGCGUUUUCAUUGUACGAGGAUGAAGUGUCUGACAGCAAAGCUCAGCUCGCAGCCAUCACGUUAAUUAUAGCUACCUUCGAACAGAUUAAUUGCUUCGGUUCAGAGAACGCGGAGCCGAUGCGCACACAAUGCGCGCUGGCCGCCAGCAAACUGCUCAAGAAGCCCGACCAGAGCAGAGCGGUCGCUCUCUGCGCACAUCUCUUCUGGAAAGGACCUAAGGAUGGAAAACAGUGGGCAUUAAAUGAUGCAUCUCGAGCGUUGGAUUGCCUGAAGAAAGCAGCUCGGGUAGCUCAGCAAUGUAUGGAUGGAGGUGUGCAGGCGCAGCUGUUGGCUGAGCUGCUGGGCCGGUACGCGCUACUGAGAGAGCGCGGCAACGCCAGUCUCACCACAGCACUCAUUGACGCUGUGAUCCAGAAAAUCAGAGAGGAGCUCGCCAACCUGGACCAGUCUGAGGAGGUGGAGCAGAUCACGAAGCACUUCCACAACACGUUGCAGCAUCUUAAGAACCGCAUGGAGUGCCCCGACCCUGACGGACUAGGGUACGAGGGUCUUGUUCUGUCAUAGAUCCAAACCUGCCUUAACUCUGGGAUGGUCCUAGAUCUAGUUAUAUCCUUAGUUCAGGUACGGAUCUAGGUAUAGCAAUAUAGCACUAGAAUCU